AAGUUUCCGUUGUAGGGCAUCCGGCUUCCUCUCUUCCGUCCCUUUAGAUCGAUCCUUCCGAAAGGAGACUUUAGAUUCGUCGAGUUUGUCACGCCUUGGUUGCUAUCGAGCCUCGACUGACCAAACAAAGCGAUCAUGGAUAGGCGGAAAACCCAUGACUGGGAGACUCAUGGACAGAGCAAUGACAUCGAUGAGAACACACCGGUGGAGAAAGUUAGAGGUCCGAAUGUGUUUGAACGAGCCAAAGAAGAGAUUGAAGCCAUCAUAGAGGCUGUUCACCCCAAGAAAAUCUCAGAUCUUGAGCCUCAAGAACAGGAAGUAGCUGAUAAUCAUAAAACACAUCACAAGGAGACUCAUGGCACGAGCAAUGACAUUGAUGAGAACACUCCUAUCGAUGACGUUAAAGGCCCAAACGUGUUUGAACGAGCCAAGGAAGAAAUCGAGGCCAUUGUCGAAGCUAUACAUCAUAAAAAGGAAUCAGGAAAGUAAGCCAUGAUUACGAAAAUGCAACAAAUCCCCCAGUGGAAGCAAAACAUUUGUAUACGAGUCCUCAGUGAAUGCAUGCUGUUGCUUUCAUGAACAGAUUGUUUUGUUUGAAAGCAGUUAAUUCUGACGAUCACAAUUACCAGGUACAUAAAGACUUUUGUUAAAAAUGACUGAUGGAGUGUUCAGUUACCUUGGAUUUCUAUCCCAAAUCAGUUAUGGACUUUUUUUUAUCAUCCAUUAA